AUGAUCAUCAAAAUUUCUCAUGAUGGUUUAAUCAGCCAUCCACCGGGAAGAGCUUUCAAAAAAGAAUAUGUCAACUAUAUUUUUGGUCAACUUCCUAAGAGAGAGGUUCGAAUAAGCCUGGCAGCAUUUCCCAAUAACCCCCCUCAUGUUGGCACUCUAAUUACUUUCUCACUGGCUUUUUCCUUGGCUCAAAGAUUAGAGAAAUUGGGGAAAAGUGUGACUGUUGUGUUGGGGUUAGUGGAUACAGAGGCUACAUUUAGUACUGAUAAGUUUAUUUUGGAGGAUAUUGAGUAUCAAAAAAGUCUUGCUUCCACCGGAAAAAUUAAUAACUAUCUUGCUGAUUUUGAAGAGUUAUUAAAAAAAUUAAGUUCCUAUUUUGGUAACUUAAACUAUGAGAUAGUGAAAAUGAGUAGUUUAAGUUUACACCCGAAAGUUCCCAAGAUAAUUAGCAAAAUAAUUAAUGAGAAAGAAAAAAUUGGAUCGCUGCUAUUUCCAAAAACCGGAGGGCUGGGAUUGCGAUCCGCUUGUUCGCAAUGUGGUUUAGUAGAUAAAUAUGGAGUAAACAAUUGUUAUGAAGACACCAGAAUUAGUUUUUAUUGCCCUCGACAUGACCGAUACUCAAUCGAUAUUCAAAAAGAUGGUUCACAAAAGUUAGAAUUUGAAACUCCUCUACGAAAUUUAAUUCGAGGUUUAUUAUAUACUGAAGAUAAUCAAGAAAAGGAUGUCUCUUAUUCUUGGCUACGAAUUACAGGCAGUGACCAUGCUGGAUUUUAUCAAGAACAAACUUUUUAUAAAGGAGCUGCUUUACUAGGUGCCGACAUAACCAAUUCUCCUCUAAUUGUUUAUAGUCCUCUGGUGGUUGAUUGGACGGGAGCUAAAUUGUCAAAAUCAAUUUUAAUUGAAGGUGGAUAUAAAUGUUUGAUUGACCAAGGGUUGGAAUAUCUUUUUAAUUGGCGAAGAUUUAAGGAGAAAUUUGGAGAUGAAGGAUUGAGGAAAUUAUUUAAAGAAGUUGAUUUGUGGUUAGAAGAGCCAUCUAAAUUAUUUAGGAGUUACACUAUUUUUUAUUUUGUAGAGUUGUUCAAAGAGGAAAAGGUUAUAACUAGCGAUAUCCAGUUGGAGGAAGAAACUUGGAUUAGUCUUCAAGAAGCCCAAGUUGAAGUCUUUCCUAAAUAUGAUAUCUGA